GUUUCCUUGCGUUCUGUUCAGUUCAGUGCAGUUGUUAAUUCGAAUUGUGUAGAGGUUUUAAAAUAAAGCAAACAAAAAAAAAAAUGCAUCGAAUGAAAACAAAUAUUGAAGAUUUUAUCUCACUAAUUGAAAACCGUCCUGCAUUAUAUAAUUUUAAAAUUCCAGACUUUAAAAAUACAAAAUUAACAGAAAAACUCUGGGAAGAAGUUGCUCGUGAGUGUAAUGCAGAUGUUUAUACAUGCAAGUCCAAGUGGUCAAAUUUACGUGUCUCAUUUGCGAGACAAAUACGAUAUGAGCAAUCUAAUGCAAACAAUUUGCCUUUGAAAAAUGAUUGGUAUUUAAAGGAUAAUAUGGCAUUUAUGCGGAAUUAUAUGCGCUUGCACAAUCCGAAGAAGAAUACAGAAAAGUCAAAAAAAGAAAAUCCAAAAAAUCAAGAAUUAUUAAUGGAAUCGAGCUUAGAAGUUCAACAAGACACAAUUUUAUCCAAAUCAAAUUUUGAGAUUAAAAAUGAAACUCUGUUAGAAAAUGAAAAUGUUUCGGAUUGUAUUUCAAUUUUAUCAACAAUUUCCGAUGAAUCGAAUAGUGAAACAGUACAACUAACAAAGACUUUCGAAGGAGCAAUAUAUAAUAAACCUGCCCAGAAAAGGAGAUCACCGAUACAAGAAGAUCAAUCCUCAGAAGAACCUUUAAAGAAAAUAAUGAAAAGUCAAGAAAUAGUAGAAAAACCGUCAUCUUCAUCUGUUAGCAAACAACAAAAAGAAGAUGCAACUGUGAAGUUUUUUAAGAGCAUGCUGUUAGACUUUAACAAAUUAACUGCAAGAAGGCAACGUUUGUUAAAACAAGAACUUAUGGAAGAUUUAAAUACACUGCUUGACGAACAGGAAAAUUAAAUUGAAUUAAUUUGUUUGACAGUUUUGCCGUUUGCCACAACUGUGAUCUUUAUUUUUAACAUUAAAAUUGUACUGAAGUAAAAGUGUGCACAUAUUUAAAUUAAAAGUUUUUACAAAGACUAAAUAAAACUUAA